AUGUAGAUUCUAAAUGAAGCGCUAGCUCCUAGAAAUUCUUUAGCUUAAACAUAUUUUAGCUAAUUCUAUCCAGAUUUUAUUAGAGAUUUUACUUUUUCAAGAAGAUUUGUUAAUCAUGUUUCUAUCAUUUAAUAGGAACUUUUUGUAAAGCCAGUAGUAGCCAUAACUUUUACUUAAGGUCUAUAAAAAUAUCUACCAUUUUUUAGUUCUUAAAAUAUUCAGGAUAAAGUUCUUAUUGUUGGACCUAGCUUUAUAGAAGAAUUUAAAGUUUAAAGUAACUAGAGAGUUGGAUUUGUGAUCCCUUUGAUAAAAUAAUUUAGCCCUUAACAGAAAACUGAAGCCAAUUCUGAGGAAUCUAAAUACUAAUUGAUAUACAUAGGACCCAAAAAUAUCAUGAGUAAUGAGACUCUUCAAACAAUUGUUAAUUUUGGAAUCGAAAGCGAUUAUAAGCUAAAGUAUUUCAUUUCAAACAUAAAUUUUUAUUCAUCUGAACUUAUCAAGUCAAUACUAUAAACUGAAAGUCUUUUGAGUGAAGAUCAGUUAGUAGAUUUCUAAUUUUAGAAUAUUAUUGGAGUUGCAGAAAAGUCAAAUAUAUUGCUAGCUAUUCAAAAUAGAUUGCCAAUGAUUGGAGUAAUCAUUGAUGCAACCUAAAGAACUCACUGCCAAAUAAUUCAAAACGAAUUACACCUAGGUAUUUGUAUUAGUAUAAACUCAAAAGAUGAUCUCUAUUACGCUUUCUAAUAUUUGGAAAAUCAUAAAUAAAGUAUUGUCCUUAAACAGGACAUGAAUUACAUAUAGAUGAUAUCAUCUAGGAAAAAUCAAGCAUCUCUUUAGUAUCAUAUUGACCAAGUUAUUUUUGAUCAUCUUAAUGAUAGGUAAAAUGAUGUAGAUGGAUUUUUUAAGGCACAUGACUAUGACCUACUUUUGAUACUUUCUAUAGGAGGAACAAUAGGUUUCAUAAUCUCUUAUAUAAUAAUAUGCGAUCUAAUAUACGUCUGCUUCUGCAAUAAAAAUGAAAAUUAUAGGCGAAACAGAGGAUCCGCAACUAAGACUAAGAAAGACUGA